AGCAUCCUCCUCCUCCUCCACGACGCCGCCAUGUCGGGGAACGACGACGACAGCCCCGGUGGGUCUCACUACGUGGCAGAGUUCGUGCCUCCGCCCGAGUGCCCGGUCUUCGAGCCCAGCUGGGAGGAGUUCAGCGACCCCCUCGGCUUCAUCGGCCGAAUCCGACCCUUGGCCGAGAAAACCGGCAUCUGCAAGAUCAGGCCGCCCAAGGACUGGCAGCCUCCUUUUGCAUGUGAUGUGCAAAAUUUUUGUUUUACCCCACGGGUUCAGCGCUUGAAUGAACUGGAGGCAAUGACUAGAGUGAAGCUGGACUUCCUAGAUCAGCUGGCAAAGUUUUGGGAACUUCAAGGGUCUACGUUAAAAAUUCCAGUAGUAGAAAGAAAAAUAUUGGAUCUUUAUUCAUUGAGCAAGAUUGUUGCUAGCAAAGGAGGCUUUGAAAUGGUCACUAAAGAGAAGAAAUGGUCUAAAGUGGCUAGCCGCCUUGGUUAUUUGCCAGGAAAGGCAACAGGCUCACUCCUGAAGUCUCACUAUGAACGGAUUCUGUAUCCAUACGAGCUUUUCCAGUCUGGUGUCAGCCUAAUGGGCAUCCAAAAGCCAAACUUGGACCUUAAGGAAAAAGUGGAGGUUGAGGACCUCGGCAUUGAUGCCCAGUCUCCCCCCAAGCAGGGUACAAGAAUGAACGUUGUGCUGAAGAGAACCAGACGUGUCAAGUCCCAGACAGAGGCUGGAGAGAUGAAUCGCAACACUGAACUGAAGAAGCUCCAGAUCUUUGGAGCAGGACCAAAGAUGAUGGGAUUAGCAUUGGGAGCAAAGGAAAAAGAAGAUGAAGUAGCUCGAAGACGCAAAGGUGCCCGGUCAGAAGCUUUUGGCAUGCAGAUGAGGCAACGAAAAGGGGCACUUUCUGUCAACUUCGUUGAUCUGUAUGUCUGCUUGUUCUGUGGUCGUGGGAAUAAUGAAGACAAGUUGCUACUGUGUGAUGGGUGUGAUGACAGCUAUCACACUUUCUGCUUAAUACCUCCUUUGCCUGAUGUGCCCAAAGGUGACUGGAGAUGUCCCAAAUGUGUUGCCGAGGAAUGCAAUAAACCACGUGAAGCCUUUGGAUUCGAACAAGCUGUUCGAGAAUACACCCUCCAGAGUUUUGGUGAGAUGGCAGAUAAUUUCAAGUCUGAUUAUUUCAACAUGCCAGUCCAUAUGGUUCCCACUGAGUUGGUGGAGAAGGAGUUCUGGCGGCUGGUGAGCAGCAUUGAGGAGGAUGUCAUUGUGGAGUAUGGAGCUGACAUUUCCUCCAAGGACUUUGGAAGUGGAUUUCCUGUAAAAGAUGGCAGGCGAAAGCUAAUGCCAGAAGAGGAGGAGUAUGCCCUUUCUGGGUGGAAUCUGAACAACAUGCCGGUGCUGGAACAAUCAGUUCUCGCUCACAUCAAUGCGGAUAUUUCUGGCAUGAAGGUGCCCUGGCUUUAUGUGGGGAUGUGCUUCUCCUCUUUCUGCUGGCACAUUGAAGAUCACUGGAGUUAUUCCAUCAAUUAUCUUCAUUGGGGAGAGCCAAAGACGUGGUAUGGAGUACCAUCUCAUGCUGCUGAACAGUUGGAGGAAGUGAUGCGAGAACUUGCUCCUGAACUGUUUGAGACGCAGCCUGAUCUUCUGCAUCAGCUGGUCACCAUCAUGAAUCCCAAUGUGCUUAUGGACCAUGGUGUGCCUGUGUAUCGGACGAAUCAGUGUGCUGGCGAGUUUGUUGUGACUUUCCCACGUGCCUAUCACUCUGGAUUUAAUCAAGGCUACAACUUUGCUGAAGCUGUGAAUUUCUGCACUGCUGACUGGCUUCCCAUAGGAAGGCAGUGUGUCAGUCAUUACCGGCGACUGAGGCGUCACUGUGUGUUCUCUCAUGAGGAGCUAAUCUUCAAGAUGGCGGCCGACCCCGAGUGCUUGGACGUUGGCCUGGCAGCCAUGGUCUGCAAGGAAAUGACAUUAAUGACAGAGGAAGAGGCACGCUUGCGGAAAGCUGUUGUGCAGAUGGGGGUGCUGAUGUCAGAAGAGGAAGUAUUUGAGUUGGUUCCAGAUGAUGAACGUCAGUGCGCAGCCUGUAGGACCACGUGUUUUUUGUCAGCUCUUACUUGUUCCUGUAACCCUGAGCGCCUUGUAUGCUUAUAUCAUCCAAAUGAUUUAUGUUCAUGCUCUAUGCAGAAGAAGUGUUUGAGAUAUCGCUAUCCAUUAGAGGAUUUCCCGUCCUUGCUGUAUGGAGUGAAAGUCAGAGCGCAGUCCUAUGAUACUUGGGUCAACCGGGUCACAGAGGCACUCUCUGCCAACCUCAACCUCAAGAAAGAUGUCAUUGAGCUGAGAGUGAUGUUAGAAGAUGCUGAAGACAGGAAGUAUCCAGAGAAUGAUCUGUUUCGCAAACUAAAAGAUGCUGUGAAAGAAGCAGAGACUUGUGCUUCAGUGGCCCAACUGCUCCUGAGUAAAAAACAAAAACAUAGUAGACUGAGCCCAGAAAGUGGAAGGACACGGACUAAACUAACUGUGGAAGAAUUAAAAGCUUUUGUUCAACAGCUGUUUAGCCUUCCCUGUGUCAUAACUCAGGCCCGGCAAGUAAAGAAUCUGCUGGAUGAUGUUGAGGAAUUUCAUGAACGUGCUCAGGAGGCCAUGAUGGAUGAAGUCCCAGACUCAGCUAAGCUGCAGAUGUUGAUAGAUAUGGGCACUGGUCUCUACGUGGAACUCCCUGAGCUGCCUCGGCUAAAACAAGAGCUGCAGCAGGCACGUUGGCUGGAUGAAGUGCGAGCAACUCUUUCAGAUCCACAGAGAGUUACUUUGGAUGUGAUGAAAAAGCUGAUUGACUCGGGAGUGGGGCUGGCACCACACCAUGCUGUGGAGAAGGCCAUGGCUGAGCUGCAGGAGUUGCUUACUGUUUCUGAGAGAUGGGAGGAGAAAGCCAAAGUCUGUCUCCAGGCAAGGCCUCGACAAAGCAUAGCUGCUCUGGAAAGUAUUGUCAAUGAAGCAAAAAAUAUCCCCGCUUACUUGCCUAACGUUCUGGCUUUGAGAGAAGCCCUACAGCGAGCCCGAGACUGGACAGCUAAAGUGGAGGCCAUUCAGAAUGGAAGCAAUUACGCAUAUCUAGAGCAACUAGAAAAUCUGUCUGCAAAAGGCCGCCUAAUACCAGUACGCCUUGAUGCGCUGCCACAAGUUGACUCCCAAGUAGCUGCAGCCCGUGCAUGGCGGGAGCGCACAGGCAGAACAUUCCUUAAAAAGAACUCAAGCUACACACUCUUACAGGUUCUGAGCCCUCGAACUGAUAUUGGUGUUUAUGGGAGCAGCAAGAAUAGGCGGAAAAGAGUCAAGAUGCUGAUAGAGAAGGAGAAAGAAAAGGAUCUUGACAUGGAGUCCUUGAGUGAGCUCGAAGAUGGACUGGAAGAGACCAGGGACACUGCAGCUGUGGUGGCUCUCUUCAAGGAUCGUGAACAGAAGGAGGUUGAAGCUAUGCACGCCCUCAGGGAUGCCAACUUGGCCAAGAUGACCAUGGUGGACCGUAUUGAGGAAAUCAAGUUCUGCAUCUGUCGCAAAACUGCCAGUGGGUUCAUGCUGCAAUGUGAACUCUGCAAAGACUGGUUUCACAGCACCUGUGUGCCCCUCCCCAAAACCAGCUCCCAAAAGAAGGGCUCCAGCUGGCCUGCCAAAGAAGUCAAGUUCUUGUGCCCACUUUGCAUGCGUUCUCGAAGGCCCCGCCUUGAGACCAUCUUAUCUCUCCUAGUUUCCCUCCAAAAGCUGCCAGUGCGGCUGCCAGAAGGAGAGGCCUUGCAGUGCUUGACUGAGCGAGCCAUGAGUUGGCAGGAUCGAGCACGGCAAGCUCUAGCUACCGACGAACUGUCCUCUGCGUUGGCCAAGCUUUCUGUGUUGAGUCAACGUAUGGUCGAACAGGCUGCGCGGGAGAAGACAGAGAAAAUAAUCAGUGCAGAGCUCCAGAAGGCAGCAGCCAAUCCUGAUCUACAGGGUCACUUGACAAGUUUUCAGCAGUCUGGCUUUAACCGAGCAAUGAGCAGUGUUUCAUCAUCUCCACGACAAACUAUGGACUAUGAUGACGAGGAGACAGAUUCAGAUGAAGAUAUCAGGGAAGCAUAUGGCUAUGACAUAAAAGACAAUGCCAGUGUAAAAUCCUCAAGCAGUCUGGAACCCAACCUGUUCUGUGAUGAAGAAAUUCCAAUAAAAUCUGAAGAAGUUGUAACGCAUAUGUGGACAGCUCCUUCUUUCUGUGCUGAACAUGCAUAUUCAUCUGCUUCUAAAAGCUGCUCUCAAGGUUCUAACACACCAAGGAAGCAGCCUCGGAAGAGUCCCCUUGUCCCUCGCAGUUUGGAACCCCCUGUACUUGAACUAUCUCCAGGAGCAAAAUCACAGCUAGAAGAUCUGAUGAUGAUAGGAGACCUCCUAGAGGUAUCUCUGGAUGAAACCCAGCACAUCUGGCGGAUCUUGCAAGCAACGCAUCCGCCAUCUGAGGACAGAUUUCUCCAUAUCAUGGAGGAUGAUAGUAUGGACGAAAAGCCUUUGAAAAUGAGGGGGCGAGACUCUUCGGAGAGGAAACGCAAGCGCAAGCUAGAGAAAGCAGAGCAGUUGUUGGGCGAAAUGAAGCAGAAAUCAAAAGAGCUGAAGAAGUUGGAGAAGCCCAAGAAGAAGAAGCUAAAACUAACCAUGGACAAGACGAAGGAGCUCAACAAACUGGCCAAGAAACUGGCUAAAGAGGAAGAGCGUAAGAAGAAGCGUGAGAAAGCAGCUGCAGCCAAGGUGGAGCAGGUGAAGGAGUGCACAGAGAAAAAGAGGGAGAAGAAAGUAUUGGAUAUCCCUUCCAAGUAUGACUGGUCAGGAGCUGAGGAGUCAGAUGAUGAGAACGCUGUGUGUGCUGCACAGAACUGCCAGAGGCCUUGCAAAGACAAGGUAGACUGGGUGCAGUGCGAUGGUGGCUGUGAUGAAUGGUUUCAUCAAGUUUGUGUUGGUGUCUCUCCAGAAAUGGCAGAGAGUGAAGAUUAUAUCUGUAUAAACUGUGCAAAGAAACAGAUGCAGGGGCCAGGUAGUCCAACACAUGCACCACCACCUCAUUUCCUGGUGACCUACAAGCUACCCAUGGAGGACCUCAAGGAGACAAGUUAGCGGCUGCUUGGUCUUGCUGGGACUUGAGGGAAACGGAACACUAAGAAGGUGGUGUGAAGCUAACAUAGCCACUUGGAAUGCUGCACUUCUGCGGACGUACAGCCCUACGGCAGAGCUGGCCCUGUCUUGCUGGCUUCCCUUAUAUGAAAGGAAUGUCAUGGGCACUGGGGUAUGGGCCCAGCUAUGCAGAUACAACAACCCCCGUUGGAAGUCCCAGCCAGUAUUUUUACUCCCAUGUUUCCUACAUAAGGCUAAGUGCAGCUGCUGCCUUCCAGUUGAGCAGAUGUGAGGCCCAUGGAUUUUGCUUUUCUGCUUUAGCAGUUUUAAAUUUGGGGCCAUUGCUGUGAAUCCAAAACUGGAUGAGUUUGCUGCAUAAUGGCAGCUUGAUUGCGUGGAGACAAUGAAGGCUCCCUUUCAACCUCUUCUUGUAGUUGAGGCACCAAGGCACUGUUAUGUGGAUAAGAAACCUGCUUUAAGCACCAUGCAGGAGGAGGAUAUGAGUAGUGGGGGGAAAAAUAAAAUAGUUCCUGUUUUGAUGUUAGAAAGCAAAGGAACUUUAGCUCUUCAAAACAUGGGUUUAGUGUUUACCCUAAUUCCUUUAGGGUGCCUCCCCUUCCUGGGGAAAGCUCAUGCCUACAUUAACAUGUAGCUGAGAUAUCUCCUCAGCAAAACACUCCUUCCUACACUAGUGGCUAUUUUCCUCUGUCUUAACUUUUACCAACACCCUGUCACUAAGUUAUCUGAAGCAAAGUGAGGCUAGCAAAGUGGGUAUCCUGAAUGCAUGGGAUGAACGACACGGACUGAGAAUAAUCCAACUUUCUCACAACUUCAGACUGACAUGCUUUUGUGAAAACCUCAACUCACAAUUAUUCCCAGCAUCAUGACAGUUUCACGAUUCCAAUAAGCAGUCCACAGAUGCAGAUUGCAGCCCUGCUUCCUUGCCUUUAGGUUUCGAUGGAUUGAGGGCCUGUGCUGGGCUACAAAUCCAACUUGACCUUUCCCCCCCCUUGCUUUUCUGAAAGACAGGUGGCUUGGGGUGUGUGUCCUGGGUGACAAUUGUUUUAGUAAACCCAUUUUUUAAAAAAGGACUGGUUUUUACUUUUUUCUAUGUCUCGGACUACUGACUUGUUCUAUAAAAGAUAGAUUAUUUUUCUUUGUUUUUAUACUUAAACCACGGUUACCAGCAGCACAGAAAAAAAUACGAGAGAGAGAGAGAGGUUCACUAAACAAAAACCUGCCUGCAGGCUUGGUUUUGUUUCUUUCAUUUUUUAAAAUUCCUUCUUUCCUUGUAGUACAAGGAAUUUAGCAGUUACCCCCACAUCCUUGCCCCUCCUGCUGCCUGUGUUUAAAUAGGUAAAACAUUUCAUGUGCUACUUUUGUGUUGGGGUUUGUUCUGUUAGCAAGGCAUCUUGGUCCUUGCAAGUCUCCCAGUUUAUGCUGGCUUUUUUGUAAGUGAGUGGCUGAAACCGGCCAUAGUGCUGUCUCCCCCUCCCUCCCAUUAUCUAUUGUGUUCCCAUCCUUCUACAGUUCUAGGAGUGCUGUAACUAUAGUGUCCAGUCUUAUUAGAUGCAGGGGUUGGGAUUUUCUAAAAGAUAAAAUCUGUAGUGUUCUGCCUUGA